UUCCAAAACAUUGUGUGAAACUCGCAGACUCGCAAUGCAUAACAUUUUGGCCUUACUAGUAGGCAUCUGUUGCCUGUCCGCUUCUCUGGCUAACGAACAGCAAUGUCUGGCAAUGCAUGGCUUCCAGAACACGUACGCGGCCGUCCGUCAGAAGGCCGAGGAGAUGGCGACACUGGUCCAAACCCUGAAAGCACAACUGGACAACUCCAUUGAGCUCAAUUGCGGCGAUAUUGGUGCAAAUGUUGCACAAAAUCUGUACACGUUCAAUUUGACCCACUGCGACUUUGAGGACGGAAGUCAGAUGUGUAACUUUACCCAGAACCGAGACGACAAUUAUGAUUGGAUGCUGGACAAUACUCACCCAGAUCAUACACUGGGAUCCAAAAUGGGUCAUGCUUUAAGUUCAUACAGAUACGGAAGUCGAUAUGUGACGCGUAUUACGUCAAGACCUUUCAACCCUGCACAAGCGUACUGCAUACGUUUUUACUACAAGGCAGAAACUCGUCCAAACACUAGUGGAAAGCUGAAUGUGUAUCUACAAGAGGGUGCCCUGAGAGGUAAUCCCGUGUUUUCUGUGACCAACAUCCCGGCACACAACUGGACCUUGGCGGAAUUCAGCCCUGAUCCAGAAUACCUAAGGAGGCCAUUUCAAAUUGUGUUUGAAGCAGACCACGUCAGUCAGUAUGUCUAUAUAGACGAUCUGAGUGUCUACAAUGCACCCUGCUCAACUGAAGGCGUCCGGUUUCCUCGUUGUCCAACAGGGUCUGUAGUAAACAAUAUUGGAGAUAAGACAACAUGUUAUGUUUUCCACAUGGAGCCAAAGACCUACAAAGACGCCAUGAAGACAUGUAAAACCAUAUGGCCUCUGGCGAGCCUUGUGGCUAUCGAAUCUGCUGCUGAACAGGCAUUUAUAGCUAACAUGAUCAACCAGUCAAAUGCCAUGUCGCUUGCCGCAGAUUUUGGUUUGUGGACGAAUGGGAAUGAUUUCGAUCUGGAAAACACAUUCACUUGGAGUGGGCAUUCCCACCCCUUUACCUUUAACUAUACCCACUGGCACCCAGGACAACCCAAUAAUGUGGCAGGGGACCAGGACUGUGUCGUUAUAGAAUAUCCCAAGUCUGACUAUGAGUGGGGCGAUGUAUCGUGUACAGAGCGUCAUUCCUUCAUCUGCGAGAUGAAUUUUGAUAAAUCUCAAGUGCAUGCGCAGGGAAGUUUGAGCAAUGGAGCCAUAAUUGGCUAGACAUAAAAGAAUCCAAAAAUCUUUGUUUCUUCUUGCUUUGUAAUCUGUUGUUUUGCUUAAAUAAGCACAUCAAAGUGAAUACAAAAUGAUGUUUGUGUACAUAGUCUUAGAUUUUAGGUUCUAGUUAGCCAUAUAUGGAACAAAAUAAACUUAUGAAAAUAAUUUAAUCUUAUAUCUAUUUGUGUCUUUGCAU